AUGAGGCAUACCAAACAUGCCCUUAAGGUACAAUUCUUUAUGAGGACUAUGAAGAAGCUUUGGACACUAAGAGCUUGUGUAAAGAUCUGCCAGUUGGAGCAUGGUGACAGAAAUUGUGUGGUCAAAGGUAGACCUUGGACUUUUGAGAAUCCUCUUUUGAUCUUGGGUGAAACUAAUGGUUUAGAAAACCGCCAUCUAGUUCCCCUCACUACACAACCUUUUUGGGUUAGAGUCAAGGGUGUCCCUCUAGCAUUUAUGGAGAGGAGUACUGGGCAACUCAUUGGUGAUAUCUUGGGGAGGUUUAUUGAGACUGAUUCUGGGAGAGGAGGUACUUGUUUGGGAAGUUUUAUGAAAAUUAAGGUUAUCAUUGAUGUUACUCAACCCCUGAAACGAUGUUUGUGUUUUACUUUCCUAGAGUGUUCGCUUUGGGAUUCUGUUAUUAACCAUGGGGAUUUCAAAAAUUUGGUUCAUGGCUUAGAGCCAAGGUCAAAGAAUGGUUAUAUGUACCUGAAUGGGUGA